AUGAUUUCUUUUGCUUAUUAUUGUCUAAUUUUCACCAUUUUAUUCAUAAAAAUCCCAAUCUUCAAAGCUCAAUCAUCAUUACCCACCCAACAACUCUCCUUUUCAUCAAGAUUUCUUGAUUCCGUUCUCCAAGACUAUGCUUUCCGACCAUUUUCUCGCCGCCGGCCGAGAACCGGCGUCGUCUACGACGGCAAUGUGCCGUCCAAUUUGACCGGAGCUACCGUUUCUGCCCUCCGCCUAAGAACCGGUAGCUUGAGGAAGAGAGGGUUUCAUGGGUAUAAAGAGUUCGAUAUUCCCAAGGGUAUUUUGGAGAAUCCAUAUGUUGAGAGGGUUAUUUUGGUCUAUCAUAAUUUGGGUAACUUGUCGUCUCUUUACUAUCCUCUGCCGGGAUAUUUGUUUUUGUCGCCGGUGGUGGGUUUAUUGGCUUACAAUGCCAUGGAUUUGACGGCUAAAGGGUUGCCGGAGUUGGAUCUCCGGGCAUCGGAAAACCCCAUUUUGGUAACGUUCAAAACUUUGGGGAUUUUGCCAAAUGGGGUUUCGCCAAAAUGUGUGUUUUUUGAUUUAUUUGGUGGGGUUGCAUUUGAUCACGUGAUGAAUGGGAGUGUUUGCUCAAGCGUAACACAAGGGCAUUUCGGGAUAGUUGUUGAAGAGAUUACGCCGCCGCCGGUGGCGCCGCCGCCGCGGGUGACGGAGGAUCCGAUUGCCGGUGGCAGAGGUGGUGGUGGUAAUGGAGGGAGGAAAAAAGGGUGGUGGGUUGGUGGGUCGGUGGCCGGUGGGGUUUUGUUGGCGGCGGUGGUGGGAGUAUUGGUGAUGUGGGUGAGAUGGUAUAGGGGGACGAAGAGGAUCGGAAGGAUGAAAGAUGCGGCGGAGGGCGGUGUUCCGUUGACCGUCGCCGCCGUGGGUCGUGCUAAGGUGCCGAUGGCGUUGGGAACUCGGACCAAACCAAUUUUGGAAACUGAAUAUGUAAGCUAG